UCUGAAAAAAAGGUGAGCAACCUGCUGGCUGAAAAGUUUGUAUUCAGUUUGUUCUGUUCUUGGUUUCUUGGAUAUAUCCUGUCUUCUGUGUUGUGACUGUGCUUGUAGUCAGAAUUUCAGCUGUUCAGUGAUAACUAGUUUUAAGUGGAUCAUGGAGUUAUUGUUUUUACCAUGACAAGCGAUGCAAUAUUGCUUUAACACUUACAUUUUAUCUCGUUCUUAGACUGAGGGAAAAUUUGUGGCAAACAAUACUCCUUUGAAAAGGAUAAACUUGACGCACUGACCAAAGGAUAAUUUUCAAUUCUAGCGGACCAGAGUUGUUUGUUCAAAAUGGCGAGAUACAGUUGGAAGUUUUGUUUUUAUGUUGAAUUGCUGUUUCUAAUUUUGUGUUCACUCUGCUCGGAAGCUGCAAGAGAUGAUGCAUACUACAUGUACUUAGGCGACUCAUCGGCAGAGUACUCGCCCUACGAGAUCGAGUUCAAGAAGGACGCGAGCAGCCUGGUGCCGCGGCUGAAGCGGGCCACAAACGGGUCGGUAGGGGUGGGGGUGGGGGGACUGGACCACCAACUGCUGAAGACGCUGCAGCCGACCACCUUCCACCCCUCCAUGACGACAUACCUGAACUCCAGCCAGGCCAAUGCGACAGCAGCGCCACAGGACGCUUCCAACACCUCCUCGGUCAGGAUCAACGACAAGGUCCACAAGUUGAACCUCAAUCCUAAAACAAAUACGUUAGAAAGUAGCACAGAUUCAACCGUACAAGAUACCAGCUCAAACGUACAAAAUUCAUCAAUAGAUAGUAAUGAAUCAAACAAAUCAGAAGUUCCUAACAAUAAAGUGCCUUUACCCAACCCAAAAAUUAUUGCUGCCGAAUUCGAGCCUGCAGGUACAAAGAUAUCUAAUCCAUUGAAAGAGAUGAAGGAGGAUGAAGAUGAUAUUUUUAAAUUCAAUCAAGAGCUCAACAAUAAAACUUACGCCGAUAAUCAAAUAACGCGGAUCGUUCAGGAUUCGCAUAUCUACUAUAACAGUACCUUCCAAGUUGACCCAAAAAAGGGGCAAUCAUAUUGGGUUUAUAUGGACAACAAUCCUAAUGUUACCGUACAUGAACUAUUAUCUCAGUCCCAUAGGCGAGCCGCGACAGUGAAACUGUCGUUCGAUUUUCCGUACUACGGCCAUAUGGUGAGGAAUGUGACGAUUGCGACGGGCGGCUUCGUUUACACCGGAGAUCAAAUCCACGUGUGGUUGGCUGCCACGCAAUACAUUGCACCUCUCAUGGCCAACUUCGACACCAGGAUGUCCAAGGAUUCGUUCGUCAAAUACGUCGAUAAUGGAUCUGCAUUCACAGUGCUAUGGGAAAAUGUGAUGCUCAAAGACUCGCCAGAUUUUGGCAAAUUCUCGUUUCAAAUGACGCUGCAUAAGAAUGGUGACAUUGUUUUUGUGUAUAAAGAGAUACCAACUUCUGUUGAACAAAUAAAAGACGACCAGCAUCCUGUUAAGGUUGGACUAGCUGAUGCUUAUAUCAUCGAUAGAAAUAUAUUCUUUGUCAAAAGAAAAACAAUCUAUGAGUACCAUCACGUACAUUUCAACAAGGAGGACAUCAAGAACUGGACGGUCAUCUACCUGUCAGCUCUGCCAACCUGUUUGGAUCUGAAAGACUGCGACUCGUGCUUACAGGCCAACAAUAAUCAAGAGAAUAGUGGAACAUCGAAAGAUUAUGAUACCAGAAAGUGCAACUGGUGCCCGUCAGUGAACCGAUGCUCGACCGGCCUGGACCGCCUGCGCCAGCAGUGGUUGGACCACGAGUGCGACAAGGUGCACACCACCAGCUGUGUCAACACGCCACCCCCUCCCUUCGCCCACCACGCCGACGUCGACGCCAUCACUGUGCAGCACAUAGCCGAACCGCACAGUAAAAAGACGAAUGUGCCGAUUGGCCUGUCGGGCAUUAUGAGUGUGAUGCUGCUAGUGCUAGGUCUGGCAGCAGUCGGCUGCUUCUUGGCUUAUGCCUAUGCCAAUCCCCACAGCACCUCUGGACAGCUGCUCAUCAGGUACCGACCAAGUCAAUGGAGAUGGAGAAGAGGUGAAGCGCGAUACACCGCUGCAACCAUUCAUAUGUGAUUCUAAAUACGAGUUGUGUUUAAUUGGGAUCAAAAUUCGAGAAGACGACGAAACUUCGUGGGCAGCUAUUGGAUUAUCUGUUGGAAAUUGAUGCAACAUCUCGCUUUAUGUGUUAGAAAGUAGAAUUCUUGAUUCAAAAAUUAAUAGUUCGAAGACUCGAAUGAUUCAAUGAACAAAUAAUAGCGAAUGAGCAAUCAACAAUCGCAUUCAUCUGUCAUUAACUGCUGUCGUGAAACCCCAGAUAUAACUUGAUCUGAAUUAAAUUUCAAUCAAGAGGUUUUCCAGUCGGUUUUACAAAUACUCCAUAAAAUGGAAUAUUGAUUUUCUUUUGAAUAAAUUGAAUGUUGUCCAUCAAGUUGAACUUUCAAGGGUUUGAUUUUCAACUAGUAUAUGCUCUUGUUACUAUUUCCCGUUUAAUAUUGUUAAUUUUUCUAACACUGAUUGCUUGCAAUCGAAGAAGUGCCUUGACUAAAGAAGUAUACCUUCUAAUUUUAUAUAUGAUGUAUUUUCAUAACAAUGUUAUUGUUACAAAUGCUUAGUCUAUCAAUAAUUAUUAUACAAUUCCUGUGUGAAUUAACUCGUUAAAGCUCCAGUAGAAAUUAUAUCAUCAACGUAUUUUCAAGCCUGGUGAACAUUACUGUUUGAUCCCACAAGUAUUUUGAAAUACUUACAAUUCAAAGUCUUGGGAUUCAUUUUUUUAGCCUUUCUAUAACAUCAUUCCAACCGAGAUAGACACUAUUUGUAGUUAUUGUAAAUAGAUAAUAUUUUGUAAGAGUAAUAUUAUUGUCUAAUUAUUAUUGUAAGACCUGAAAACAUUUCUGAAUACACCAUAUGAAUAUACUUUCAGUAAAGCAUUCAUACUUUUCCCAGUGUAAUAUUUUUAACAAAUUAUCCUUCAAGGUUUUUCCUAAGUCGGAAAUAAAAUUGAUUUUUAUGAAAAUGCAUUCUUGACUGAAAUUUUAUGGCAAUUUAUGGUUUGAAGCUGUCUAGAUUGUUCAUAAAAAGUUUCUACAGUGCCUUUUUCAUUAUGUAAUAUACUCCAAUUAGUUUUUAUUUCAGAAAUAAAGUAUUACCUAGCAGACCGUUGUAAAACUAGGUCUUAUUUCAUGUUCAAGUAUUACACAUUACAUAAAAACCUUGAAAUUCAUACAAUCCAAAUUAUUUUUGGAAUUGCAUUUUAAACAGUUUUUGUUGGAAAUAACACUAGAUUGAAGCAUUUUAUAUAAUUCUUGUAAAUUAUUUAUCUUUACCAUAUUGUGAUUUAUUUGCAUGCAUGAAUGUUUGUGACGAUUUACAAAUAAAUACCUAACAUGAA